GGGGUCGUGUUUUUAAAUUGACCGAACAUUGGGAUAAUAAUAUUAAUUAUGUCUGUGCCCCUUGUUGUGAAAAGGCUUUUACGCAAUAUAAGCAACGAGUAGCCGAAAAUUUACAGAACCAAGAACAAAAAAAUAAUCAACGGCAAGGUUAUAAAAAUUUCCAAGAAUUAGAAAAAGAAUUGAAUAAGCAAGGAGAAAGUAUUUGCCAGCAGUGCUUAAAUAGCAUAAAUAAAGAAACUGAGGAAUUAGAUCGCCAAAUUAGAGAAAAGGAGCAGCAACAUCAGGAAAUUAUACUACAAAUAGAGCAGGGAAAUUUUAAACCCAAACCGUCUGAAUCGGAAAAGAACCAAGAAAAUAAUAAUGAUAAUUAUGAGGAUUGGCAAAGAAAGGAUCAUCAGUGA